AACCAGCGACAGGGUAGCCAUUAAAAGAGGCCAGGGAGCGGACAGAGGAGUAGAGGGGAGUACUGCGCAGUAGACUGCACAGGCGCAGUCGAGGAGCUCCGCUCCUUUCUCCUCAGCCCCGCCCCGCCCCAUUUCUGCCGAAUCACAGAAGUUCAAGAGCGGUCAGCUGAUGCUACGCUGCGCGGUCACGUGACAAGGGGGGCGAAGCGCAGGCGCAAGGAGCAAGCGCAGAUUGUGGGCGGCUGUGUCAGCUGACCCAAGGGGCCUUCGAGGUGCCUUAGGCCGCUUGCCUUGCUCUCAGAAUCGCUGCCGCCAUGGCUAGUCAGUCUCAGGGGAUUCAGCAGCUGCUGCAGGCCGAGAAGCGGGCAGCCGAGAAGGUGUCCGAGGCCCGCAAAAGAAAGAACCGGAGGCUGAAGCAGGCCAAAGAAGAAGCUCAGGCUGAAAUUGAACAGUACCGCCUGCAGAGGGAGAAAGAAUUCAAGGCCAAGGAAGCUGCGGCACUGGGAUCCCGUGGCAGUUGCAGCACUGAAGUGGAGAAGGAGACCCAGGAGAAGAUGACCAUCCUCCAGACAUACUUCCGGCAGAACAGGGAUGAAGUCUUGGACAACCUCUUGGCUUUUGUCUGUGACAUUCGGCCAGAAAUCCAUGAAAACUACCGCAUAAAUGGAUAGAAGAGAGAAGCACCUGUUCUGUGGAGUGGCAUUUUAGAUGCCCUCACGAAUAUGAAGCUUAGCACAGCUCUAGUUACAUUCUUACGAAAUGGCAUUAAAUUAUUUCCAUAUAUUAUAUAAUAGGUCCUUCCACUUUUUGGAGAGUAGCAAAUCUAGCUUUUUUGUACAGACUUAGAAAUUAUCUAAAGAUUUCAUCUUUUUACCUCAUAUUUCUUAGGAAUUUAAUGGUUAUAUGUUGUCUUUUUUCCCUAUGUCUUUUGGCUCAAGCAACAUGUAUAUCAGUGUUGACUUUUUCUUUCUUAGAUCUAGUUUAAAAAAAAAAAAACACAUAACAAUUCUUUGAAGAAAGGAAGGGAUUAAAUAAUUUUUUUCCCUAACACUUUCUUGAAGGUCAGGGGCUUUAUCUAUGAAAAAGUAGUAAAUAGUUCUUUGUAACCUGUGUGAAGCAGCAGCCAGCCUUAAAGUAGUCCAUUCUUGCUAAUGGUUAGAACAGUGAAUACUAGCGGAAUUGUUUGGGCUGCUUUUAGUUUCUCUUAAUCAAAAUUACUAGAUGAUAGAAUUCAAGAACUUGUUACAUGUAUUACUUGGUGUAUCGAUAAUCAUUUAAAAGUAAAGACUCUGUCAUGCA